AAAACACUUUCGCAUUGAAAACACCGAAAAGUUUUGAGCACUCAUUGCGGGAACUGAUUGUCGGCUUAGAUAUCAAUUGAGACCACAUUUGCGGCCAUAAUAUGGAAGACGAAGACUUGGAGGAAAUGAAGUAUUUGAGAGAGCAAUACAAACGCAUGGAAGCGGUCGACAACAAGAAGAUAACGGGAUAUAAGUUUGACUUGAAUUCAGUCAACAAAAAGAGCCAAACGUUUCCCAAACUAUUGAAACAAAGGGACGACACGUUUGCC